CACGUUAAUCAAAACCAUAUAAAAACGAACGAUUAAGCAGGACGGAUUUUCUCUCCAGGCAGCAAAUCGCACUUGAAAGAUCGCAUUGUGAUGUUGUAGCAAAUUUAUGACCGUCAGCAUUAAGUGCAGGACGAUAAAAAAGAGAAAAUAUGACGCCUCACAGUCUUUUAAUACCGUGAGAGCCGAGACGAACUACAUAAUUCAACUGGAAAUGAAUAACGGGUUAAAAACCAGGCUUGAUUCGGUCGGGGUAGAAGAACUUGUCCGACAAUUGGAUGAGAACGACCCCCUGAAAAAAUUACGGGGGGAGUUUCACAUCCCAAAAGUUGAAGUGGUCACGGCAGGAAAAGAAGGAAAAGAUGGUGGGGAAGCGAUUUAUUUGUGUGGAAACUCGCUCGGAUUGCAACCUAAGGAGGCGAUUGUGCUGUUGGAGAAAGAAUUGAAACGAUGGUCGGAAGAGGGGGUCGAAGCGCAGCUGUGCGGUGAGGAGGGUCAGGUUCCUUGGGCGGCGUGGGAUGAGGUAUGCAUCGCGGACAUGGCGAACCUCGUGGGGGCCGAAGUAGACGAAGUUGUUCUCAUGAACUCACUCACGGUCAAUAUUCAACUGAUGCUGGCCACAUUUUAUAAUCCGACGCCGAAUAAGAAUAAGAUUCUGACGCAUUCGAGUGCAUUUCCGUCGGAUACGAUGGCUCUCCGAAGUCACAUCCGCCUCCGUGGCUACGACCCGGACGAAUGUCUCAUAAUAAUUGGACCUCGUCCAGGCGAAGAACUUUUGCGAGAAGAGGACUUGAUUUCCACUUUGGAGAAAAAUGCAGAUUCCAUCGCAGUCGUCUGGGUGGAAGGGGUACACUAUUUGACGGGACAAUUUCUCGAUGUCGCCUUACUAGCUGAGGAGGCGAGGAAUCAUGGCGUCAUUUUCGGCGUUGACUUGGCGCAUGCAGCGGGUAACGUGCAACUCGAUCUGCAUGGAUGGAAUGUCGACUUUGCGGUUUGGUGUAGCUACAAAUAUCUCAAUUCAGGACCAGGAGGAAUCGGAGGAUGUUUUAUCCAUCAACGCCACUUGACUACCCCACUGCCACGUCUAAGUGGAUGGUGGGGGAGUCAAAAGAGUACCCGAUUCAGGAUGGACCCCACCCAACCAUGGGAAGGGGGCGCCAUGGGUUAUCAACUCUCAAACCCACCCAUUCUCUGCCUCGCCACGUUGCGAGCCUCGCUCAACAUCUAUGCCCGACUUGAUAAGGGAAUGACAUCGUUUCGAGCAAAGAGUGCCCUGCUCACGGGUUUAUUGGAGCUGCUCCUCCGCCAAAGGUUGCCUCGUGCCGUGAAAGUGAUCACUGGACAGCGGCGCGGUUGCCAAUUGACCCUCGAAUUUACAACUGCUCCGGCAAAAAAGGUUCUUGAGGAUUUAAAAGGUCACGGUGUGAUUUGCGAUUUUCGAGAACCAGAUCGACUCCGGGUGGCACCGAAUCCGUUGUAUAAUUCGUUCUCCGAUGUGGCCAGAUUUGUCGACAUUUUAGCAAAUCUUCUCAAUAAGGACUAAUAAGGAGUGAAAAACCUACAGUGUGCAGUGUUUAUAUAGCCCGAGUCAGGGGACAGAGUCCUCUUCCAAAUGUUUGUCAAGUGACCGGUACAAACCAACUACUAAUAGUAGUUGGUACCGGUCAUUAAGGGAAAAUUUUUGUCGAUUGCGAAUUAUUCGCAAUCGUCGCUGCAAAAUUGCAGCUUCUUUAACCAAUUCCAAAAACCCCACUGGGUCCUCGUGGCAAAAAAAAUCUUAAAGUUUACUUUACAUUUAUUAAGCUAAUCUAACCCUGCAGGACCACGCCAACUUUUAGUCGUCUACGCCCGUUUUCCAAACCAGUGGGGGUGACCAGUGUGUGCAAAAAGUCAGCCUUUUUGCUAUUUGUUCCUAUUUGCCUAUUUGGCUUUUUGCGUGGCUUUUUGAACUGUAUAGAAAACGCAAUGAAUAGCUUUCACUUUAAUGUUAUUUCUUCUCAUCUCGCCAAUUCAAGUAUGACCAAUUUCUCGAAUAUCAGUUACCAAUUUUUAAAAUAGCUACUUUUAGAAACGGUAUGGGUCACCCCCUAGGCUACUCUGGUUCCACUUUGUUCGCUUUUAACUUGAUAUACUUCCAUACGAGACCAUUAAGUAUCACCAUACCGAAUUUCAUCUUUUUAAGACAAUUUAUAAAAAUCGGUAUGGGCCACCCCCUAGGAUCGCUCCACAUAAAAAUUUUACUAAUUUAACUUCAUAUUAUUUCAUUAGGAGCUAUUAGAAACGUCAAUGGUAAAUUUCAGCUCAAUUAAAUGAUUAUCAAAAAUCGAUAUGGGUCACCCCCUCGGGUCCCUCCAGAUAAAAAAUUUGACCAAUUUCAUUUAAUGUUCUUCCUUAAACCCCAUACGCAACCUAUCUACCAAAUUUCAACUCGAUAUGACGAUUUUGACAAAUCAGUAUGGGUCACCCCCUAGGGUCUUUCAAAAUAAAAUUUUUUCCAACAACUUAAAUUCAUACUCUUUCAUUAGACACCAUUAGCAACCUCAGUGCCAAAUUUCUGCCUUCUAUGACAAUUUUGAAAUUUUGAUGCAUAAUACCCCAUCCACCUAUAUGACCCCCACUGGUCAACCACUUGACCGAUUUCGCCCAUCUUCGAA